AGAAGAAGAAGAAGAUAGAGAAUGCCGUGUCGUGACUGGCUGUCUGGCGUUCGGGAGAAAUGGAAAUCCGAUAUCCGACUUCGCUGCCUCGCCCUGACCGUUCCUUUAGGGAUCGUUCUACUAGUGGUGGUGAUGGUGGUGGUGUUGGUGGGAGGGCGGUCAUCCCCCAACCCACGCCCACCCCCGACCCUCCCCGCCCACCUGGACCCAGCCACCUGCCCGCCCACCUACGAGGAACACCCACUGGUGCUAAUAUCUCUUGAUGGGUUUCGAGUAGAGUAUCUUCGUCGCGGCCUGACCCCCACUCUGCAGGUGUUGCGGGGUAGGGGGGUGACUGCCCCCUACAUGAAGCCCUCCUUCCCCACCAUUACGUUCCCCAACCACUACACCCUGGUCACGGGGAUGUACCCAGCCGCCCACGGGAUCAUCGCUAACAAAUUCUACGACUCCAGUUUUGAUGCAGAGUUCCGAGUUGGCCGUCCAGAGUUCUUUGAGAAGAGGUGGUGGGGUGGUGAACCUCUCUGGUCAACUGUACAGAGGCAGGGCAAGAAAGCAGCCACCUUCUUCUGGCCAGGCUCUGAAGUGGAGGACCAUCAACCUACCUACUGGUACUACUACAAUGAGUCUGUCCCCUUCACACAUAGAGUCAAUAAGGUGCUGGAUUGGUUGGAGCUGCCCCCAGACACCCGCCCAUCCUUUAUUACCCUCUACAUGCAUGAUCCUGACUCCACCGGCCACGACCACGGUCCUAACUCCCCCCAGAUGAACGCCAAACUAAUGGAGCUGGAUGGCGUGAUAGGCCAGCUGGUGGACGGCUUGAAGGAACGCGGCCUUCUGCAGUGUGUCAACCUCUUCAUUGUGGCGGAUCAUGGCAUGGCAGACGCUGGGCAGGACAGACUAAUAGACCUCAGUACUUAUUUGCCUGGCUUGCCGGAGCGUGCGAGGGUCUGGGGAGGCGGGUUUGCGAGGUUUGGCCCUACUGAUAAUAGCCCAGAGAACAAGGAGGCAAUGAUGCGCGCGCUGGCCUGCAAGAGAGACGAAAUGCGAGUGUACGAGAGAGAACUUCUGCCAAUUAGGUGGCACAUGGGGGCCCAGGAGAGGGUGGAGGGGGUGGUGGUGGAGGUGGACCCGGGCUACACUGUGGGGGGGGACUCCACCUUCAAGGCAGAUGAAGGAGAACAUGGAUACGAUGAACACUUCCCUUCUAUGAAUGCUCUCUUCCUCGGCUUCGGUCCAGAUCUCGCUAAGAACAAAGAAGUAGAAGCUUUUCAGAACAUAGAGCUGUACAAUCUCAUGUGUCACCUGCUGGGAGUCACGCCCGCGCCCAACAACGGAACCUGGGGGGCGCUGCAUCACCUCCUAGCACGCCCACCGCCCCCUCCAACGCCCACGACCUCUCCAAUCCUGCCACCAGUGUCCAGAGUUCCAGAGAGCACCACAGAGAGGCCAUCCCAGUGCGAGGGUGACGGCCAGGGCGCGGGGGAGUGGGUGGCGCUGCUGAAGGAGGCACAGAUGGAGGAGGCAGAUAUCCUUGAGUUCCAUACGCCUUGGGGGACACCACAGGGACACUCCAAGGACACUGUGUUGUUACUGCAGCCUGAUUCUGUGACGGGAUACUCCCCCCGUGUGAGACUCCCCCUGUGGACCAGCUUCGGGGUACGCAGGGUGAAGGAGGCCCCGGGGGAGGCUGGGGAGUGGCGGAGUGACCCAAGGCUCCUUCCUGAAGACGCCCCCAGCUGCCCCUCCUACAGAACCGUCAAGGGCCUCAAUGUUACCAGGCAUCCUUUGUUUCCCCCGGAAUUUAGCUGCAGGGAUUGCCACGAGCUGCCUUACCUGAUGAGCAACGCGGUGCCACUGACUGACCAGGUGGCGCUACGCUGGCGGGAGCUUCUGGCCUUCGUGGGGCGGUGGGCACUGCUGCUGGGACCCCUCAACGUGGUGGCCGGCCCUGUCAUGGACUACAAUGCUGAUACGAUAGUGGAUGACCUGGGCGAGCUGGGACGCAGCGGUGAGUUGGUGGUCCCCUCUCACAUAUUCCUGGUGGUGAGCAGGUGUGUGGCGCCAGUGCCCUCUCUCUCCCAGUGUCCCCAUGAUAAACUAGAUGCUGAGGCUUUCGUGUUCCCGCAGUUUAUCCCCGUUACGAACUGCCUGGAAAGCGCCAGGUUCCUGCAGGAGUACAGCGCGAAGGUCGGGGACGUGGAGGGCAUCACAGGGCUACAAUUCUUCCCCAAACUUGACUAUUACCAGCAUGUGAGACUCAAGACACGCAUGCAUUCUAACGCCUGGGGCCACGAGAGAUACGCUAAUAGAUUGUUGGAUAACUUCUUGCACCCUUGAUGUGGCUAAGAGGGGGGGAGAGGGAGAAAGAGGAGGGUAGUUAGAAAGAAGAGAAUGAGAAGGAAAGAAAAAAGAAGAUAAUAGGUAAGGAAGACGAAGGUUU